ACUGUUUGUUUAUCCCGCAUUCCUGUCUCGGCGAUCAGCUGAGGUGGGCUGACAUGUGGUGAUUGCGGCUAAUAUGCGGUGAUUGCGGUACUGCGGUGGUACUGUGGUGGUGCUGUUAUUCGCUUUAGACCUUCCUGAUUGAAAUAUUCAAGAUGUCACUGUACUUUGACUGCAUUGUGGACAGCCCACACACCAGUGCCAUCAAUACCCACAUAGCAUGGCAUGCCCAGUCAGCUUGUCUUGCUGUAGCCGCCUACAGCGAGGAGAAGGGGGGAACGGUCAAUGUUUAUACUGGAGAGGGCAAGCUGUGUGAGGAAGUUGACAUUCCACCACACCCCACUGCACAAGUCACCUCUGUGGUGUGGCACCCCAGCAAGCGAGUCAUGGCUGUGGGCUGGGAGUCUGGGGAACUGUUCCUGUGGAAUGACCACGAACAUGAACUGCGUGAGAUCCAGAGCUUGCAUCGUGCACCAAUAUCUGUGCUGCAGUUCAGUGCUGCAGGAACAAGACUUGUGUCAGCAGAUGCAUCAGGAGCAACAGUAGGCUGGCGAGUAGAUAAUUCUGGGGACCUUCAGACUGUAUUCACUCAUGAAUUGAAAGAUCCGCUGGUUCAAGUUGUGUACAGAGUUAAUACUACAGCAGACAAGACUCUUCCUUCUCUGGACAUAAACGGUCUUGCUCGCGCAGCAGUGAGUGGCGAUGAGAGAGCUCUGGACAUAUUCAGUUCUUGGCGACCAAGAACAGGCCACAAACACCUUGGCAUGAUGGGAACUGCAAAGGAUAAUCUUAACUUUUUCCUGGGGUCAUCUACUGGUGUGCUCUACCACGUGAACGAGAGUGGGAACUGUGUGGAGGUGCUGCAGGCUGAUGGUGGCAUCAAGCGGCUGCUGCACCAUGAGUCUCGCAACUUGCUGGUGGUGAUCACGGAGAGUCUGGUGUUGGGCCAGUUCUCUGUGGCCAUGGACGGCUCAGUAACGGAGAUAAAUAGGGUUAAGCUGAGUGGAAGGACCAAUGACAUCCAGGUAGCCUGGGCUGGGGCUGGCCUCCUGGCGGUGUCUACAGGAGAUAGUUCUGUACGUUUGUGGAAUUUGGAUUCAGGUGAUAAUUAUGUGCUAAGCCUACGUGGGCCAAGCUACAGAGACCAAGAGUUUGUCAUGUGUCUUAGUUACUCUGUAAAUAAAAAUAUUCUCUGUGCGGGAACAAACCUGGGAAGUGUUGCCAUGUGGAAGUACGAAGAAAGCAAACUUGCAGAAGAGGAAUAUGUCCGGGAUCCAGAAAAAGAUUGGAAGCUACAAAAUCCAACAGUCAUCUCUGGGACUGUGAAGCAGGUGGCUUGGGGAUCAGCGCAGAAUUUGCUGGGUGUGAACACAGUCCGUGAUGUUUACAUACUGAAUGAACAGCACAUGGUUGCCAGCUAUAAAGAUCAGGUGUCAGUGGUGCAGAUGUCACCUACACAGCUUUCAGUAGAUGUGUUCUCAGGAGGCAGCCACUUGGAGCUUAGGGCAGAGAUCCAGGUGCGCGGCGUUCACAACUCUCUCGACCAUCUGCUGCUGUGGAACAUGAAGAAAAUGGUGGUGUAUGAAAUAACAUCAGAUGCCACUCAUCUCAGAGUUGUUGCUUCCUUUCCAUGCGAGGCUGAGAGUGCUGUUCUUCAUGAAGGCAGCAUCUACUCCAUUGAGGGAAAUAACAUACAAGUCCGGUCUCUCCAAGGCACUGUGAAGCAGACACUCAACUUCUCUGAGAAUGAGGGUCAACCAAUUGGCCUUGAUGUUUGUGGAAAUUUUCUUGUUACAGCAACAAUACACGGAGUUGUCAAGUUAUGGGACUUGUCAAGAAGGGAAGCUAAGCCACACACACAAGGAAAGCAAAUGGGUGAUUACAUAAAAGACUUUGGUGAGAUCAUAUCUGCACGCUGCAACUGUAGUGGAACACGAGUCUCCAUUGCUGUAGCCCAGACAUCCCUCCUGCCUGACCCUAAGCUGUAUAUUUGGGACAUAGAGAGUGAAAGCUUUACUUACUUCAACUUUGCGUCCGGACGAUCUGAGGAUGACGACGUCGAUGGCACUGCACCACCCAAUUCUGCUGAAAGUACCAGUUCCAAAGAGGAGGGGCUGAACAGCAGGGCAAAACGUGAAACAGCUCAGGAAGUUGGUGGUCGGUUUGUAAUGUCACACAUGUGGGAUGCUGAGGACCCUCGCCUCCUGGUGUGUGAGGCCAAGUCUCUCCACAACACCAAGAAGCAAAAGGACCAUUAUUUGUCAUCAUCUCCCAAGGAAGAGAGGCCAGCAAUUUUGCUAGUGUCCCUGUUUGUGAGCCCUGACCACGGCAACAUUGUGCAAGACGCCUUCCCCUUGAGCCCCUCCUUCUCCCGCCUCUUGGGGGUCCAGGUUCCUUUCUUCUACCUUCUCAAUGCUCAUGAUGCUGAGAAAAAGGUAGACAACAAGGCAGUGACUCAGAAAGUUAUGAGGGAAUUUACUGGACUAGAAAGCUGUGACAAGUCCACCAAAGAUGCCAUGCUCAACUUUUCAUUUUAUCUUUCUAUUGGUAAUAUGGAUGAUGCUUUCAAGGCAAUCAAAACUAUUAAAAGUGAGACUGUGUGGGAGAACAUGGCCAAGAUGUGCGUCAAGACCAAGAGGCUUGACGUAGCAGCCCUGUGUCUGGGUAACAUGGGACACGCAAGAGGAGCUCGAGCACUGCGAUACGCAAUGAAGGAACCUCAGCUGGAUGCAAGGGUGGCCAUGCUGGCUCUACAACUGGGCAUGCUGGACGAGGCAGAACGCCUGUAUCGAAGCUGUGGCCGCUAUGACCUGGUGAACCGGCUCCACCAGGACGCUGGCGUGUGGUCCAAGGCUCUGGAAGUUGCAGAGACUCGUGACAGGAUUCACCUGCGCUCUUCUCACUACAACUAUGCCAAGCAUUUGGAAAGCAAAGGGGAUUACAGUGGAGCCAUAAGUCAUUACGAGAAAUCAGACACUCACAGAUUUGAGGUUCCCCGAAUGUUGUUUGAUGAUCUUCCCACACUGGAGGAUUACAUCAUGCACACAAAGGAUAGAGCUUUAAGACGAUGGUGGGCACAGUACCUAGAAUCUACCAGUGAGAUGGAGACAGCAUUACAGUUCUACGAGGCUGCCCAUGACCACUUAUCCCUUGUGAGAGUGUACUGUUACUGCAAUAAUCUCCAGAAGGCUGCAGACAUUGCCAACGAGACUGGUGACCGGGCAGCCUGCUACCACCUGGCUCGGCAGUAUGAGAAUGUAGCACAGGUGAAAGAGGCCAUCCACUUCUUCACACGGGCUCAGGCUUAUGGGAAUGCCAUCAGGAUCUGUAAAGACAAUGGAUUUGAUGAUCAGCUACUCAAUCUGGCACUGGUGGCUGGACCACAGGAACAAAUUGAUGCUGCCCGCUACUUCUCCUCCUCUGAGCGACGCCAGCUACCCAAGGCUGUCAUGCUGUAUCACAAAGCAGGACUUCUUUCCAAAGCUGUCGAUCUGGCAUUUAAGUCUGGACAGAUUAGUGCUGUGGGUCAAAUUGCAGGAGAAUUAAAUGAAAAUGCAGACCCAGCACUGAUUCAAAGGUGUGCUCAGUACUUCAUCUCAAAUGGACAGUAUGACAGAGCUGUUUCCUUGCUCAUCACAGGUAGACAGUAUUUUGAGGCCCUUGACUUGUGUGUUGAGCACAAUGUGUGGGUGACAGAGGAAUUGGCAGAGAGGUUCACUUUGCCCAAAGAUGAAACAGCAAGAAACCAGAUUUUAGAAAAAGUUGCAGAAUGUGCCUAUGCCCAAGAAAAUUACAAGUUGGCAACUAAGAAAUUCACUCAGGCUGGGAAUAAGGUUAAGGCAAUGAAGUGCCUUCUUAAAUCAGGAGACACAGAGCGCAUUGUUUACUUUGCAAAUGUCUGCCGGCAACGAGAAAUAUACAUCAUGGCAGCAAAUUACCUACAGAGUUUGGAUUGGCGCAAAGAACCUGACAUCAUGAGAAAUAUAAUACAAUUUUACUCCAGGGCAAAAGCAUCAGGCUUGUUGGCUGGGUUCUAUGAUUCUUGUGCACAGGUUGAAAUUGAUGAGUUCCAAAACUAUGAGAAGGCUGCAGGAGCUCUGAAUGAAGCCUAUAAGGUCAUCACCUCCUCUGGUGACCCUCAGACCCAGGAGAGACUACCGCCACUUAAGUAUAAACUUGAGAAGGUUAACCAGUUCAAUAAUAUUAAAAGAAUGUUUGUUACUGAUGGUGAUGCAGCUGUUCAAGAGUUGCAGCAGCUGUUGGUGGAUCCAAACAUUGAGGUUGCAGUGAGACAGGGCGAUAUUUAUGCUGUCAUGGUGGAAUAUUUUGCUGCCAAUAAUAACUUCAAGUCAGCAUUAAAUGCCUUGCAAGAAAUGAAGGCUAAAUUACCAAAAGCAAAUCCCAGCUACUAUGUUGAUGCCCAGACUCUGCAGGCAAUCUCCAGGACCACAGGCAUGAACUUUGCUGAGGUAGAAAAUGGAAUGCAAGAGGAAGGAGGAAGUGAAGAGGAAGGUAAUGCAAGUGAAGAAGAGGUGGUCGAGGAAGAUGAUGAAGAGGAAAGACCACAACAGCACCACUUUGCUCUAAAUGGUUCGGCAAAGUUUUUCUAAAAUCAGGGACGGGUGGUGUAAGGGUUAGGGCACUUGCCUGGGUUCAAAUCCCCAGCCAAGUGGAAACAUUCAGCCUUAUGUCCUUUUUCAUGCUGAAGCCUCUGUUCACCUAAUAGAGAAUAGGUGAGGCAUGUAAGCAGAAAAAUUGUGAUCUUACUAUCUGACACUCUCUCCAAGCCACGCCAACAUGGUGUGGCAAAUGGCUUAACUCACUUAUCAGUUGUGGGGGGGGGUGGCUUUGGUCCUGCAGUGGAAUCAUAUAUGCUAAUGAUUGGUCUGCUUUUCUAUCCACCUGCCUAUCUUGCUCUGUGACACCUUUGUUUUCUCUGAGAGUCAUGACAGAAGAGCCUCCACCUCUCCCUAUGCAGACACUCAUUUCUUGCUUCUUCAAAUGCUUAGCCUCUAAUAACGCCUUUUUCACACACACACUCCUUCAUCCUUCACCUUACCCCUCCAUCUUCAAGUGGCCCUUCAGCUUCACUUACACUUUCUUUACAAGCUCAUUGCUCUUUAUCCAUCUCAGUGUGUUCCUUUUCACCCAUUGCACCAUUUACACCAUUUGCACAAGUGCUCUGACCAUAUCUCCCAUACAUACUCACUGCUCUCACCUUCUCAUCCUGUCAAUCCAGAUGCCCCUCUAAGAUGCUUGAUUUCCACUGGAUGCACUCUUGAUUGUUGUUCCAUAAUCCUGGUCCUUCUACAUGGUCCAUUAACAUGAAUGUUAACAGAAUACUAUUCCUUGAACUUUUCUUUUACCAUCCACAAGCACAUUUUCCACUUUCAGGAUUCCUGCAAUUGAUCUUAUGACAUGCCAACCUUUCAUGACUAUUUGUCUCAUUAGACACUUAUUUUCUCUUCUAUAAUCACAUCACACAUUCAACCAUACACUACACUGUGUUGCCUUAGAAUGUCUUAGUGCUUUUCCAGGUAGUAACGGUGCAACUUUGUGGUUUACAUCCUGUACCUAUUCUCUGCUAACUAGUUGAGGGCAUCAGUGUGAAAGCAGACAGCCAAACGUCAUAAUGGACUGAUAACUUCUCAGAGCUGGAGGCCAGGAUGACUGUGUGUGUGUGUGUGUGUGUGUGUGUGUGUGUGUGUGUGACUGUCUUUGUGCACACAUGUAUGUGCAUGUAUAACAUACCUUAGUAAUAAAUUAUAUAUCAUUAUGUACAUAUCAUCAUAUCAUAUGCUGUAUAUACAUAACCUUGUGGAUGUAAAAUAAACACAGAAGUAACA